AUGAUUACAAGCAUUCCACUUACGUUGGCUGUGGAUGCUCCUGGGCCUCGGUUGAACUGUGAGCCCUGCAUAGAGCGUCCGUCCUACCAUAUUCGAGCUAUUACCCACGGUGCAAAGGACUCGCUGUUCUGGAAUCAAGUGCACUCAGCCGCUGUUCAGGCUGGCAAAGACAUGUCCAUUGACUUUCGAUUUGAUCUCUACGACAAGGUUGACUACCACCGAAUGGCGUCUGACAUUCUAGACGCUGUCACGGGAAAAGACCCUCCUGAUGCCCUCAUUGUAUCCAUCCCGUCUCCAGUGGUUCAUUAUGGCAUACGAGCGGCCUUGGCAGCUGGAAUACCCGUCUUUGGCAUGAACAGUGGCUAUGAAAUGGCACAGGAUCUGGGACUAUACGGAUUUGUAUCCAUGGAUGAGUACGAAGCUGGCGUAGAGGCAGCCAAUACGUUUGUAGAUCUACUGCAGGUCGGCGAGAAUGUUGGCAAUGAUAAUAAUGAGACAUCCGCUGUCUAUGUCAACCACCAGCCGGGAAACACGGCCAUGGACUCCAGAUUUGAUGGAUUUCGUGAAUCCAUCACAGAGGCUAUACCUAGUGUACAAGUGAACGAAGUCCGCUUGAAAGAAGGACAAUCAGACCAAGAAACAUUGCAACACCUAACAAAAGCAUUCCAGCAAAAAUGCCCCACCAUGGUCCUGAUUGGUUCACCAGUCCUCGAGGCUACCACGGCGGCCCUCUAUGCCAAUGGGUGCGCACUAUCCAGCACCACUCUUGUAGGAACCUUUGAUACCACUCCCGACGUCUAUGCUAGCAUUGCCGUCGGAAAGCUGGCCUUUGCAGUCUCCCAGCAGCAACACUUGCAAGGCACCCUUCCUGUCGUUAUGGCGGCUACCUAUGUGUCAACUGGUCAGCGACUGGCUCCACCCAGCCAGAGCAAAUAUGGGAUCUACAGCUCUGGUCCGUCCAUUGUCACUCUGCAGACACUACCUUCGGAUACCAUACAGGCAUGCGAAGCAGAGGGAUUUCCAGUUUGUGCCCCGGGACAAGCUCCCAUAAAACUGGGUGGUGGAUGUCCUUGCACACAACGAUCCAAAAUCACCAUUGCCGGGGUCAUUCAUGGAGACAACACCAAAGGCUGGGCACGUUUCACCGAAGCGCAAGUCCAGCAAGCCGGUCUAGACACAGGAGUGGAUUUGCAGUUUGAACUAUUCAAUCGACAAGAAUCGAGCGAGGUUAUGCAUGCCAAAAUGGCCAGCAAAAUCAUUAGCUACUGUCGUGCCGGUGUCCACGGUAUCUUUGUUUCCAUACCCAGUACGGCCCUCAUCCCUGCAGUUCGCGAAUGCCUUGAUUUGAACAUUCCCGUCAUGUCGGUCAAUACCGGAGCCGAGUAUGCAAUAGACGAGCUCCAACUCCCACAUCACAUUGGACAACUCGAAUACACGGCGGGGUAUGCCGCUGGAAAGUACAUGGCGUCGCCACAGCACGGCAUUGACAAAGUCAUUUGUAUCCGGCAAGACCAAGACAAUAAGGCUCUCACAGAGCGAUGCAAAGGAUUUGAAGCAGCCAUUCGAGAAACCAAUGGAGCUGUAGAAUUCCUCGGUAGACCCAUUGUAGGAGUGGACAAUGUGGCUGGAUUCAUUCACACGGUCAAAGAAUUUGUUGCGAAUCACACGAGCGACAACACAUGGGAUGGGCUUGGAAUGCUCGAGCUAGGUACCAAGUAUGUGGACGCCACUUUGGGUCUGCGACAAGAUCACCCUGGAAUGCAGUUUGGCGCCUUUGAUACCUCGGGGGCUCUCUAUAAUGCUUUGGCAACCAACGAUAUCAUGUUCGGCAUUGAUCAAAGCUUGUACCUGCAAGGAUACUUACCAGUCUGGCUGUUGACGAUGAUUGCUACCACCAACCAACAUUUGAAGAAUCGUUACAUUGAAACUGGACCAACCCUCGUCCUCGAGUCGGCAUCCAAAGAAUACCUGUCAUGUCAAGCUUUGUCAUUCUCGGUGUGCCCUCCACCAGUUCUUUACGACUUGAACCAACUGACCAAUGUACGCCCUAUUGGAUACACUUUGGCAGCGAUUGUGAUCGCAACUGCAGUUUCCUGUAUCGUGUGGAUGGCCAUGAACCGAAGGAGCAGCGUUGUAGCUCAAUCGCAGCCAGAGUUCCUUCUCAUGAUUUGCUUUGGCGCGGUUUGCAUGGUGUCAGCAAUCUUUCCACUGGGCAUUGAUGACAGCAUUGCCUCCACGGAAGGUGCUUCAAAGGCUUGUAUGGCGAUUCCAUGGUGUGUUGCCCUUGGUUUCACUAUUAUGUACGCCGGAAUAUUCUGCAAGAUCUGGCGCAUCAACAAGUUGAUGACUGCGGCAAAGUAUUUUCGCCGCACCAAAAUACAAGCAUGGCAUGUCAUUGCUCCGCUUGUGGGGCUCUCCGUCGGCAACGUGCUGUUUCUUGCCAUUUGGACUGGCGUGGAUCCCAUGUAUUACAGUCGGGAGGAAGUUUGUGGAGCAGGAGAUUUUAGCUCUGUUGGCCAUUGCAAGGCUGGUGAUACCAAAGUUUCCGUGGCCAUGGCGUCCUUGAUUGGAAUCAUCAAUAUCACAGCUCUGAUCUUGGCCAACGUAGAGGCGUACCGGGCACGAUGGUUGAAUGAACACCUUAGCGAAUUUCGCUACAUGUUUAUCAAUCUUCUGGGCAUUCUCCAAGUGGGAAUCAUUGGAGUGCCGCUGAUCAUGCUGCUUGCCGAAGAGCCAGUGGCAUCAUACUUCUUGAUCUCGAUUCUGCUGUUUCUGGUUGCCGAGUCAACUUUGCUGCUCAUGUUUGUUCCUAAAGUCCCUCCUUCGACAGGAAGCAGCUGA